GGGGUUCUUUAGCUAUUAUUUUUCAAAGAGGAAUUAAUUCUAAUUUAUUUAUCUCGCUACAGACGUUUUAAACCAGGAUGUCUGACGCAUACUACGGCCUUACAACCUUCAGUCCUUCCGGUAAGCUGGUUCAAAUUGAAUAUGCCACCACUGCUGCCAGUAAGGGUGUGACAACGCUAGGAAUUAAAGCAACGGAUGGUAUUGUUAUCGCUGCAAAGAAGAAAACUACAACACCACUUGUUGAUUCUUCUUCGAUUCAAAAAAUGUUUGCUUUAGAUGAUCAUGUCGGAUGCACUUACAGUGGCAUGGGGCCGGAUAGUCGUGUCCUCAUUGAUUCCGCACGUAAAUCUUGCCAAAAAUAUAAGCUUACAUACCAUGAACCAAUUCCUGUAAGCCAGCUCGUGCGGCAAAUCAGUUAUUUAUAUCAAGAGUUCACGCAGUCUGGGGGUGUUCGUCCGUUUGGUUGCUCUCUCCUGGUAGCAGGUGUGGACGCUAACGGGCAUCACCUCUAUCAAAUUGACCCCAGUGGAACAUUCUGUGCCUGGAAAGCUACCGCUAUAGGGGAGGGAAGCUCAGAUGCAAAAUCAUUUCUCAAAAAACGAUACACAAGUGAGAUGGAAUUGGAGGAUACUAUUCACACUGCACUUUUAACGCUUAAGGAAGGGUUUGCCGGGAAGAUGACGGCAGAGAAUACUCAAGUUGGAAGGGUUAUUGAAAAUCGUUUUGAAAUUUUAACGGCGGACCAGCUACGUGAUUAUUUAGAUCAAAUUUGAUAUACUUUAAUGGUACAACAAGAAGGGUUCUACUUUAAUUAAGGACUCCAUGCGGGAGAAACGUUUUGGCAUAUCUAUUUAUUGUUAGUAUAAAUCACAAUAUGAA